UUGUAUGAAUAUUGAUAUGAAUGGUAGCCUAAUGAUAAUAAUUAAUAACAAUAAUGUCAUGGUUAUUCUUUUUUUUUUUUACAGAAAGGACAUGCAGUGGGGCAACGAAGUACUGCUACUGUUCAUCAGUGACACAGACACUUGAGCAUGCAUUCAAAAGACAGUCUGCUUAUGCACCUGCAUCCAAAAAUACUCAAGACCUAACUGCAGCAAUCUCCUAUUGCAUAGCAAAAGACAUGAUGCCUUCCCAGAUGGUUGACAGGCCUGGCUUUUCUGAGGGUGAUGAAGGUUGCCGCGCUUCAUUACAAAGUGCCUUCACGCAAUUGUUUUUCAAAGACUGAAAUACCAAAGUAUGUACAAUGCAGUCAAAGCUGAUGUUAGGAAAAGUUUGGCUCAGGGUGAAUUCUUUGCUGCAACUACUGACCUCUGGACCAGUGAAAGUGGGGCUCGUCUACCAUACAUCAGCUUUACAAUUCAUUAUCUCACCCCAGACUGGCAACUGGAAUCACACUGCUUAGAAACCCUGUUUUUCCCAGAAGAUCACGCUGCUCAAAAUAUCAGAGUUUUUUGAAAACAUGUUGGAUGAGUGGGGGAUAAAACAAGACAGAUCUGGUCUCCAUAACCACAGAUAAUGCAACCAACAUGAUCAAGGCCUUUGAACAGUUCCCAGAUCUGUGGCUUGGAUGCUUCGAUCACAAUUUGAACUUGGCCAUCUCAAAGGCUCUGAAAAUUCAGAGAGUUGAAACAGCAGUCAGGGCCUGUCGUCAUCUGGUCCAAGGCUUCUCACGGAGCUGGAAGAGAAAGAGAGGACUGACAGAAAAGCAAGUUGCCCUCAACUUGCCACAGAAGGCUCUCAUCCAUGAUGUAGUGACCCGAUGGGGAGCUGCAUACAAGAUGCUUGAGCGUUUCCUCAGCCAGCAGCAGGCAGUCUGUGCAACACUGGCUGCAGAAAGGGGAGUUUGGCAUCUGAUGCCCAAGGAUGCUGACAUAGUUGUUACGGAGCAACUCUGCCAGCUCCUUGAACCUCUGAGCAAGUUUACAGAUGCACUUGCCUCAGAGACUCGAGAAACUUUAUCGGCCAUUAAGCCAGUCCUUGACCACAUCACUGGUGAUGCCCUGGAGGAAAAUGAUGAGGAUCCAGCCCUGACCAAGCAGAUGAGAGAAGACCUAAACAAGGAGGAGGCCUUGAAGCUGACACCUGCACAAGUCACAGAACCACAAAGCACCAGCACUAUCUCCACAGCAGCAUCAGAAGGAAAAGGCCUGGCCCGGGUUGCUAAAAAAAUGAUUACCUCAACAAGCCGAGGAUGA